GUAUCUUGGCAUUGUGGACGCAGAGGGAAAUCCAGACAGGGUCGAUGACUGGUUGGAUGGCUACAUUGUAGAGCUCAUCCUGUCCAUGGAGAACAUCUUCCUGUACGAGAUGAUCCUGGUGUCCUUUCGUGUUCCGCCAAAGCUAUCGAGGCAGAUUCUAUAUGUCACCUCCUUCUGCCAGAUGUUUUUCCAGCUCUGGCUCUUUAUGUUUGUGGCCGUGUACCUGCAAGACAUCAAGAGUCUGCCGUACCUUCUCGGUGCUUGGCUCAUGUAUGUCGGCAUUGCAAGCCUGAGGGAGGAUGACCACGGCAGCUUUGAUCCAGAGAGCUCGGAUUUCUUCAAGGCCUUGCGAACCGCCCUAGGCAGCAGGCUCCUACCGUAUUAUCCUUCGGAUGGGAGUAUGCUGCGUACCCAGAAUGGCAAGCUGUGCAUGACCAUGCUGCUUCCGGUAACGGUGGUUAUCAUUGUCAUCAUGGUUGUCAUGGAGGUAGACGUCACCCUAGCUAAGAUUGAAACAAUCGAUUCACAUUUUAUUGCUUGGACGUCUUCCGUCCUUGUGGCUUUUGCACUGCCCGACCUCUACGUGAUCGUAAGUGAGCUCUUCAAGCAGUUCUACCUGAUGCGGACAGGCAUCAGUGCCCUGCUCCUCUUCUUCGGGGGUCUGCUCCUGGUGAGGGAGGAGGUGCAGAUCUCCGACACCGUCGAAAUAGGUGUCAUGCUGACGAUUGUCUUUGGCUCCAUCAUUCUGUCGACGGUGAUGGACCUCGGUCCAAAAAGCGGCGCUGCAUAUGAUGAGUCUGAGACGGAUGAGGUGGAGGAUUCUCCUAUGAGUGAUGUGGACGCCGCCAAGAGCCAGCGCGAGAUUCGUACCAACGCGGAGGCGACGCUUUUCUCGCUUUACUGA